CGCUCUGACUACGCUUAACACACUACAUUACCCAGAAGGCUACGCGCUCUCAUACGUCAACUGCAAUCACAGUUGUAUCUCCAACAUGGCGUCGCUGGGAAGGAGGCGCGGUGUCCCAGUAAGCAGGGAGAGAGGAGUGAUGGCGGCGACAGACUGCUACAUCGUGCAUGAGAUCUACAACGGGGAGAAUGCACAGGACCAGUUUGAGUAUGAGCUGGAGCAGGCACUGGAGGCCCAGUAUAAAUACAUUGUUAUCGAGCCCACACGCAUCGGAGACGAGACGGCUCGAUGGAUUACCGUGGGCAACUGCCUGCACAAGACGGCCGUGCUGUCGGGUGCCGCGUGCCUCCUGACGCCCCUUUCGCUGCCCGUCGAAUACUCGCGCUAUGUAGCGCUGCCUGCCGGCGCCCUCAGCGUGGCCUGCUCUGCCCUCUACGGAAUUUCAUGGCAGUUUGACCCCUGCUGCAAGUACCAGGUGGAAUACGACAGCCAAAAACUCUCACGGCUGCCCCUGCAUACACUCACCUCCUCGACGCCCGUGGUUUUGGUACGCAGGGAUGACGUCCACAGAAAGAGACUCCAUAACACGAUAGCACUGGCUGCCCUGGCGUAUUGCGCCAAGAAGAUCUACGAACUCUAUGCAGUAUGAGUGCACUCAGAAGAGGGUUUAAAAACCAACAUAAAAAGGAAAAAACAAACAAAAAAACAGAACCUAUCCACCCCCAGACGUAAGAAAGUGGAAGUCCCGAUCAGGCUCAGCAGUUAGCUCAACACGUGGUGGGUGCUUCCAUUUUGAACUUUGAUCAGAGGGAUAUAGUUAAAACUAGAAGGAAUUGGUUUUUCCCUUACGUUUCCUUUACUUCUUUGUGACAACAGCACACUUAUCUCUAUAAUACCGCUGCGCCUCCCCCCCAUGCGCCCUCCACCUGCAUACUUGACACACAGCGGCUAGUGCUCGAGGGUACGGCAACAGGUCUUCUGGACUGAAUCGUAUCGGAGUUGAAACGGGAAAAUCAUGUUUUGAGUAUCAAGCUCUCUCCCCCUUUCCCUCGUAGUUUUACUGUACCUCUUUCUUGCUGAUCAGUACAUCACCCUUUCAUUAAACAAUAGGAUAUUUCAAACUCACUUUCUGUAUUUUAUUUUGCAUUUUUCAUUAAAUGGAUUCUACAUAAUGUCCAGAAAAGAGCAAAUAGCUGCGACUUCUUUGAGAUUGUGUCCUGUUUAUGUAGAAUUUCUUGCUUAAUAGAGUGAAAUUAAGACCUUAUUUGAGAAUGCUGUGGCUGAAACACUACAACAAUUCAAACUCUUGGAAGGUUACAUUUCAGACAUGCUUCUAAUAAUGUAUAUUACAUUGAAACUGGCCCAACCCCUUAAAUUUGAAUCUUAAAUUGAGAAGCUACACAGCAAAUUCUACUCUGUUGUACAUGUCUAUCCAAUGGUGCUUGUCAUGUUUUCUACAAAUGUUGGGGAGUUCACGCUAAUUAUGAGUUGAUGGAACUGAAUACAGAUGAAUUAAAGGGGGAGUUGUGUUAAAACAAAAGACAACAACUGAGAAAUAAAAAUGGGAUCUAGAUUUUUUUUUUUCAAAUGACUGAAGAACACUUUUAUUUCUUUGACAGCAGGAUGAUCCAGCCAGAAACUGUUAAAACUGUCUGUUAAUGAAGAUUUUCCCAAAGCAAAGUUUGAAUUAAUGCAUAAAGGCUCUGUUAAAAAUAUCUCAGAAGUUAAUUCUACCUUUAAUUUUACUUCAAGGUUAGCAGUGUAUUUAAGUCCUGUGACAACGCAUUACAUUAAUGUGUCAUCACAGUAUUUAUUUACAGCUGUCUCCUGCAUUCACCUGAUAGAGGGCAUUGGUUGUAAUUCCCAUUUUUUUGGUCACUACAAUGUAAACAUCUUGCCUACACUUAUUGAUAUCUUGUAAAAGUUGUGACAUGAGAAAUAAUCUAUAGGUUUUUUUUUUUUACACUGGUUUUGACUUCAGUUGUUAGAGGGAAUAUCCAACUGUUGGUAUUGAUAAAUCCCAGGCAAUAAAAAACAAAUAGCACAAAGUGCUUUAUUCCAACGUCAA